CCACGAUUUACCGAGAUGCACGUCUCCUCGACCGAGGUUGCCAAUACCACCGAAUAGCAUACCACUCGUUCUAGCACAGCGGACGAAGAUGCUGUUUCUUCUUGCCUUGGUUCAGGUAGCUAGCGCGAGUCUUGCAACCGUGCAUAGAGGGCUCAGCCAGAAGGGAUAUCUCAAUACCGGUGGGCACGAGGAACAAUAUCUAAAUGCAAAAGUCGACAGCUCAGCUGUUGUUUAUCAUGCGUAUAACCUGUCGGUGCCAAUAGAUCAUUUCCAUAAUGAAUCGAGAUAUGAACCUCAUAGUAAUGGUACCUUUCCUCUUCGCUACUGGUUUGAUGCCAGUCAUUACAAGGAAGGGGGCCCUGUAUUUGUCCUAGAAAGUGGUGAAACCUCUGGUGAAGGUAUGUUGUGAAGAUCCUUUCUGUAAAAGUCAAAAUACUCAUAGUUAUGACAGAUAGAUUGCCCUAUCUGCAAAAAGGACUGGUUGCUCAGCUGGCACAGCUGACAAACGGCAUUGCCGUUGUCCUUGAGCACCGUUAUUACGGAGCUAGUAUUCCAACCAAGGACUUUUCAACCGAGAGCUUGCGGUUCUUGACAACAGAACAAGGCCUUGCUGAUGUGGCAUACUUUGCUCAAAACAUUGUAUAUCCGGGCUUUGAAGAUCAGAAUCUUACUUCGAGGCAUGUUCCGUAUAUCGCCUACGGAGGGUCUUAUGCCGGCGCCAUGGUCGCUUUUCUCCGAGUAACUUACCCAGAUGUCUUCUUUGGCGCCAUUGCAUCAUCAGCUGUUACAGAGGCCAUAGUUGACUACUGGCAAUACUGGGAGCCGAUACGGCGGAACGCCCCUCAAAACUGCAUCCAUACAGUGGAGAAUUUGACUGGUGUUCUAGACAAUCUUGCCCACAAUACCAGCGCAGUCAAAGACCUGGAAACACUCUUUGGUCUGCAGGAUCUCAGCCACGUUGAUGACUUUGCGAACGUCCUAAGUUAUCCGCUGUCAAGCUGGCAAGGACGGAACUGGGAUCCUGCGGUUAAUGACCCGACCUUUUUCGAAUAUUGCGUCAAUAUCACUGUUGCGGACACUCUUCUUUACAACGACACUUCGUCAAGUGAAGAUAUAGAAAAAGCAGCUGAGCUCGUUGCCCUCGCAGGAUGGGAUGAUCCUAAAGUAAACCGCCACUUGACAACUCAACUUCUUAACUUCGCGGGCUACCUUAAUGAGACCGUAGUCUGGCCAUGUAUCGGAAAUGGCCGAAGCGCGGAUGACUGUUUCUCAUCCUAUAACACAACUUUCUACGAGCAGAAUGAUUUGACACAAAACUGGAGAUUGUGGGAAUACCAAGUUUGCACCGAAUGGGGCUUCUUUCAAACCGGCAGCGGCACGCCCAAAUCCAAGCCAUCCCUAGUAUCUCGUUUAGUCACCCUCGACUACACAAGCUUACCAUGCAAAUACGCCUUCAAUAUCACAACACCACCCGAGGUAGACGCAAGAAUAAACAACAAAUACGGCGGCUUCAAUAUUUCGUAUCCCCGUCUCGCGUUUAUCGGUGGGACAGCAGAUCCCUGGCGAGAAGCAACCCCAUUUGCAAACGAUGCACCCCAUCCACAUCGACCGAAUACUUUGGAUAGACCUUUUGCGGAGAUUGAGGGGGGUGUUCAUCAUUGGGAUGAGAAUGGUCUAUUCCCCAACGAAACGACAGAAUUUUUACCCCCGAAGCCAGUGGAGAAUAUCCAAGCAUAUGAACAUGAGUUUGUGAAGGCAUGGCUUUCGACGCAGAAAUGGGCACAUCUAGCACGAGAGGAGCAGGGGUUUUUUUUUGGUCUGAUUUGAUCAGAUCAUUUACACUUUUCAUCACUCGCUGAAUAGAAUACCUCUUAUAGACUUCACGUGAUGAUAGAUCAAUUUUUGAUUCUUAAAUAAUUCUUCCCAUUUCAUCAAAAAUGCAUAUGCAGAUAAAUACCACGAACCUUAAACUAACCCCUAGACCACAAACCAAACAAAACCAAGACAAGAAAAUAGACGCAAGGAAAGAAAAGAAAAUAGACCAAGCCCUGCUACAAAAUGCAAAUAAAAAGAGAACGGUUUAUUCUUCAUUUCGGUUCGUUCAGAUUCAAUCUUGGUCAGAAGAGAGAGAAAUGAAAGGAUCGAAGGAUGAAAGUUGGGCCACCCAAAAUGAGAAGACAAAUGAGAUAGAAAAGAAGAGAGAAAAGGAGAGAGGUGGUAUGAAUAUGUAAAUGAGAAGGAGAAUGCUGUUAAGGAAUAGAUAGAUAGGUAGGCUCAUAAUGUAUGAUGGUAGCCGUAGUGAGAAAGGACACGGGGGGACAAGGAUGGAAAUGGGAGAGAUAAUUGUAUAUUCACAGAAUAUGAAAAUGGUACAGUCUAGCUGAAAUGAUGAUAAUGGCAAUGAUAAAAUAACGUAUACCCAAAAAGUAUUAGACAGUCGUCUCUCGCGAAACUUCUACCGAAUGAGCGCUCAGUUCCUUGGGAACUGUGCUAUGGACAGAGUCCUGUGAAAGUAAAGAAGUCUGAUUCUCAGCAGGUGACGUCGCAUGAGUUGCGUCUUCGGUAGGCGGUGUUGAGAGUAUUGGGAUAUCUGUCGUUGCAGAGGUAGAGGAUUGUUGUUGACCAGUAUCCUCAACGUGUUCCGCAUGCUCUGCAUGCUCUGCCAUACCAUUAGACUUCUCCUCAUCGCCAAUCACGGCUGCGAGACUUCGAAAGUUGAACAUUGGCUCCAGAGCUGGAUUGGAUGAUGCCGCAGCUGUAUCUGGAUGUUCCGUAGUUCCCGUGUCGAAGGAGGAUGAGGUAGAUGACGCGGUAGACACAUGUCGUAGAUGCGAAGGACGCGAUGGUUCAGUAGGGGAGGGUUGUGUGAAUGAAUCCGAGUCAUUGCGAGUAAUUCCCAGUCUUGUAGAGGUUGUCGUUGCGCUGGAUCCGUUAAUGUCUGCCGAUUCAGCCUCGCUCGAUGGGGCGAAUGUAGGAAAAGGUGAAGUACGGUCAACUUUCUUUCCUUUAUCUGAGUUUGUCGACUCUUCUCCUAUGACCGAUGAAGAGCUACUGUCUACUCGACUUGAGGUUCCACUGCUGAGAAUUGCUAGGCUUGACUGACUGUUGCUGUAAGCAGCGUUUUUUCGCAUCAUCUUCUCAGCCUUCUUUGCUUCCUUUUCCUUCUUUUUGGCUUCUUUGCGCAAUUCCUUUUCUUCCUUGCGCCUCCGUUCCUCCUCACUAGCUAAACUCAGUCUGAUGGCUUCCAUCAUCAUCAUUUCUUCCAGGUCUUCAAUUCGACUACGUCUGGAACUAUCUCGUGCAGGCGCUAAUGCAUUACCCUCCGUGGUUUCGGUAGCAGUGCUAGAGGUUGAAUGUUGGUCGCUAGUACCACCCCUCCGCUCAGAAAGAAAUGCAAGUGCAUGGAGAGCCGACGAGCCGGUAGGUCGAUUUGACGGAGUCUGAGUGCCGGAACUACUGCCUCGAGAACGCCCUAAAACCCCACGCCGCCCAAAGCCUCGUGAUUCAGAACCUGGCGCACUCAUCAAAUAUGCGGCAGUGUGGAGAGCAGUUGCAGCUGCCGAUCGACGCGCUGCAUGCGCUCUUGCAUU